AUGAGUAAACAUUUAGCAAAAGACUCGUCCGUAUGGAACAAAAUCAUGUACGGCAGAUCACGAGUGCCAUCGCCUGUCCUUGCCGUUUCUUCCGGUGAAAAGGGCUUGAAAAAUGAUGAAGUUUUCAUCGAAUUCGAAGAUAAGGAAAGGAAUUCUCCAACUGAUAAAUCGCCAUCGAAGAGAAAACAAUAUGUUGACUUUGUAUUGGCUUUUAUUAUUGGAGUCUAUGUGUUCUGGAAAUUCAGUGCCAUUGACCACCGUGGGUGUCUGAAUAUGGCCACAAUUGAGCUGGUGGCAGGAUCAGCAAGUAGGUAUGGAGGAUUUGUCGAUUCAGGUUCCUAUUCGGACCAGUCCAAGGGUGCUAAAGAGGUGUUGAGUGUUGCUUAUCCACUCAAUCCUAAGAAACGCUACGGAGAACCUGUCCAUUCGGAGGUUUUGGUAAACCAUACUUUUGACUCAUGGGGUCACCCUAACUUGGUGGCAUUCAAGCCUCCAAAAACCCCUUUUACAAACGUGGUUUUGACGCUUAAAACUACGGUGAACGGCAUUCAGUACGAUCGGUUGGCUCAUUUGUACGUAGGCGGUGCAGAGAUCUGGAGAACUUCCACUAUUGAGCCAGGAUCCAGAGAGGUCUUCUCGGAGUUCAAAAAGGAUGUCUCGUCGUACGCAAGCUUGUUCCAGAAAAAAACCGACAUCUUGUUUCAGUUAGAUAACAUUGUGUCUGACUGGUUGACAGGAAAAUUCCAUAUCGAGUUGACUGCUGAUUUCUAUGAGUCUAAGCAUGUCAGCACUGAUUCUGAAGAGGGCACUAUUGCUGAUCAAUAUCUGGUAUUCGAUGUGCGCAAGCCGGCAAGUAAGGUCUACCCGUUGGUUGAUAAGAAGGAUUCCCGGUCACCUCCAAUCGAAUACCUUCCAACAGACACCUUCGUCUUUAAGUUGCCAGAGGUUUCUAAGAACACCACGAGGUUGAAGUUGGCUGCGUUUGUCAGUGGAAACGGGAAUGAAGAAUUCUGGUACAGUAACGUGUUGGACCGGUUCACCGAUCGUUUCCAGAAAGAUGGAACCAUACUUUUGGGCCAUGGUCCAACGAGAUUUUUGAACGUUUAUGUGGAUGGCCAGAAAAUUGCCUCACAGGCUCCACAACCCUUCAUUUUCACUGGAGGAUACUCGCCUUCGUUAUGGAACCCCGUAGUGGCUAUCGACGCUUUCGAUUUGCCUAGUGUUGACAUCGAUGUGACCGGCUUGUUGCCUUUACUUUGGGAAAGCGGGGAACAUGAGUUAACGAUCACUGUGGACAACGGGUUGGAUGAGAUUGAAGGUGGAAGUUCCGGAAUUGGCCAUGACUGGAUAGCCUCUGCUAACUUACUCACGUACGAGAGCAAUGACGUGGUGGGAUCUUCCGGUAAAAUUUUGCACAUUGGCGAACGUUCAAAGGGAAACUCGAUUGGUGUGGCCCCUCCAUACACUGGUACCUUGCUGCAAGUUGUUAACGCAAUCUUCCAAGAACAGUUGACCAGCGAGAUUGUGCUUAAAUUGCGUGAUGGCACGACAUUGAACACUACGGUUAGUACUUUUACUAAGGGUGAGAUUUCUAAUGUUCAGCAGUACUCUCACCUGGGAAAUUCUGCCCGCAUCGUUCAUGUUGGACAUUCCUCUAAGUCAUUUUUGUUGACUGACAACUUGAAUGAAGGAGAUAUCGUCCAUCAAACCAACGUUUCUCUUAGUUAUCCUUUGGUGAUUUCUUUAAGUGAGACCCCAGCCGAGGAUGGUGUUGAUUUGGAUUUCAAGAUUGUCAACUCGAAGCUGAUCACUUUAGACAUUAACGAUAACCGGAUAAUGGCCGAGACUAUUGCUCAGAACGGCACUUCUCUUUUCCACAUUAGACCUAAUGGUAACCAUGGUAAUGGUGCAUUGACCACCAAACUCAAGUUCCAAGUCACAGGCACCAGUGGAGACUUCAAGUUUAAGAGAAGAGUUGAGUCGGAAGAUGGUGAGAUUCUCAGCGAUGAAGAAAAGUAUGAGGAGAUUGAUGAAGACGAUUGGAAGGAGAUUUCCCAGGAAAUCAAGCACAUGUCUACGAUCCAUAAGGGCUGUGGCAGGCACUCUCAUUAA